AACACACAGAUUGUCUCCUCAGAUUCCUCUCUUUUCUAUCUCAAACACUCUCUCUCUUCCAGGUCUCGAAUUUAUCUCUGAUUUCCUAAAUCAGUUGGUGGGCAGCCUAUGUUUCUUUUGACAGGAUUCUCUGCCCCCACAACAAAGAACUAGAGACAACCAAACAAAGAAUAGAUGAAAGCCCCACAUAUCAAUGAGGGAGAGAACUCUCUUACUCUCGGGCUUGGUAUUCUCUCUCACGCACUCUUUUUCUCUUGCAUCAUCUUUUAAGGAGCUGCCUUCCCUUUGAUUUGCUUUCUCAGAUGAAGUCAGUCAUGGCUAAGAGCUCUCAAGAUUUCUCCUCCAAGAGGCACUUCCACUGGUCGACUAAAGUUGGCAACGAAGACGAUGAUGAAGUUCCAAGCAUCAAAUCUUCCUCAAAAGCCGUUGAGGAAGAGAAAAAAGAAGAUGAUAGGGUUGCUGGCCCGGGACCUGUAGCUGCUGCAGCCCAAGCACAAAGGAGAAAACUUCAAGCUGUGGUGGUUUCGAGGGUUCGAUCGGUUUUGACCGCUUUUGGAAGGAACCGCUCGAAUCUACCUCUGGGUCUCGGUUCCCGAGUGGUUGGGACUCUCUUCGGGCAUCGGCGUGGGCGCGUUCAUAUUGCGUUCCAAAGGGAUCCCAAUUCUCAACCUGCUUUCUUGAUUGAGCUUGCUACUCCAAUUAGUGUCCUGGUUCGAGAAAUGGCAUCUGGGUUGGUUCGAAUUGCGUUGGAGUGUGAUAGGGAAAAGGAAGAAGAAAAGAAGGCUGUGAGACUGCUUGAAGAGCCGGUAUGGAGGACUGAUUGCAAUGGAAAGAAGUGCGGAUUUGCAACGAGGAGAGAAUGUGGAGCCAAGGAGUUGCAGGUCUUGAAGGCUGUGGAGCCGAUUUCAAUGGGUGCUGGUGUUUUGCCCGGGAAUGAAGCUGAAGCUGGGUCCGAUGGAGAGCUCAUGUACAUGAGGGCCAAGUUUGAGAGAAUUGUAGGGUCUAGGGAUUCUGAAGCUUUCUACAUGAUGAACCCUGAUAGCAAUGGAGCACCUGAGCUUAGUAUCUACUUGCUCAGAGUCUAAGCAGCAAUUGAAG